CUCAGAACACACAUAUUUAAAAAACAAACAAACAAAAAAGCCACAAUAAAUUCGUUGGACUUAGAAGAAUAGAGAUUUUCAUUCUUUUCCAAGUCCCGCUCUGAAAGCAGCAUCAGACGAUUCGGCACUCAUUUGAUACCGGGAAGCCUUUCCCGCCAAGACACGGAAGGUAAAAGCCGGGUCGGGAGAACCUCAAGGGAGGAAGGAGACUUUAUAACUUUGGUGUAAUUUUCCAGUGCCUUUGGCUUAGACAUGGUUACAGUGUGUGGUGGUGCUCCUGUGCUGAAAGUGCGGGCGCGAACAGUUGUCAGCCGGGCCCGGAGGUGGGGGCCGGGGGCGGAAACAGCUGGCGCGGCCCCGCGGGUGCGGCUGCAGAUGCGGUUGCAGGUGGGCUGCGGGGAGCCUCUGGGCGCUGGUGUCUGCGGCUUCCAAAAGGGAGUGUCCGGAUGGCUUUGGGUUUUGUUUUUUUUUUUUUGGAGGGGUGGGUAAUGGUGGAAUAAACCAGCUGCAAUAGCAGCUCACCUGAUUCCUGGCUGGACUUGGAGACCACUCCUUAACCUUGCAUGUCCCUGAGUGUAAAGAGAAGGCAGGACCCUGGGAGGGAAUCAGGCUGAUGAAGAGAGAGAUCAAGCCACCUCCUGGGGAGAUCACCUCUAGGAUGGGGUGUUAGCAGUACAGCCUCCACACGUUGUGUGCUCACUGUACACAUGCUUGUUCAUUGCUUCUGGAGGAAGACGUUGGGCUGACCCAGGGAAGUAAAGAUGUGGAAUAUCCAGGGAACUUUUUUCUUUCCUUUUUGCAUACUACACACCUUUUUUUUUUUUUUUUUUUUUAUCAUGGUGUGACUAGUGUCACCAGUGUAUUGAGAUAUUUACCUUUUAAUGUCUGGAACACUUCAUGGGCCAGUUCCUAGGGGCUGCACUUUAGUUUGUGAAUUAUUUGGGUCAUCAUCCACAUGAGAGAGCUGACCUGAAUGCUACGACGAUUUUUUUCAAAGCUUGCUCUAAGAUUAAGCUGUUGAACCUUCCCAUUAGUGCUUACUUUUCACAGUAUUACUGCUCUGGGAAAAGACUGAGCUACUUGAACAAAGUGAUUACAUUAAACUUUUUUUUUUUUUUGUAACAAGAAAUAGGCCCUUCGGUCCCUUAAGAUAACUACUUCUUUAAUGAUAAAGUCAUUUUACCAUGUUCGAAGACAAUAUUUUGGAAGAAGACAUCUGGGAAUACAAAUCCAAAACAAAGCGAAAGACAGUACAUCCAGAUCGGUGCUGUGACAAUACUCCAAAAUCUGUUGAAAACACAACGGAUGCGAAACGCCAACCAAAGCGAAACAGAAAAAAAAGAACCGUAGAAGCUAAAGAGAAGGCAAAGGACCCGGAAACAUUCCUUGGAGACACAAGUAGCCAGACCUCUGUAGCUUCUAGUCAAAGUUCUAGCUGUGGAGAUGGCAUCCAGCAUUCCCAAGACAAGGAGAUCACUCCCCCAAAGCGAUCUAGAACUCACAAAAACAAACAAGUGUCUCCAAAGAUCCGUCCAGUUUAUGAGGGAUACUGUCCAAAUUGCCAGAUGCCCUUUUCUGCAUUGAUAGGUCAGACGCCUCGAUGGCAUGUUUUUGAGUGCUUGGACUCACCAUCACUCUCUGGGAAAGAAUGUCCUGAUGGUGGUCUGUGCUCUUCAACAAUUCCUUCUCACUACAAGAGGUACACUCACUUUCUGCUGGCUCAAAGCAGGGCAGGCAGUAAGCCUUUUAGCAGUCCAGCCCACAGGUCAGAUGACACUUUCAAUGAGAAUACUUCAGACUUUCAUUAUCGGCUUGAGAAAAGUUCACCUUGUCAGAGACAAGUAGAGAACUUAAAAGAUAUUUCCGCUGAUGCGCCCUUGGUGACACAGGAUCUCAGAAAUUCUCGGUCUCCAGCAGAGACCAGUAAAAAGAUCUCUUCUUUGACAAAUAUCCAAACUUCUCAAGCAACUCAACAAUUAACAGAAUUUGUUGUCAAUGACAAACCAGUUAAGAUUGUGUUGCCUCUUGCCAGAAACAGCCAGAACUGCUCUAAACACACAGAUGCGCCACUGCCAGAAAAUGAUGAAAUCUCCUAUUCUCCACUCGAAAGUGAUGAAGAAACUUACAAUAUAGAUGAAAAGCUUGAUGAUUCCCAGCAAGAACUAUUUUUUACAGAAAAUUGUAGAGAUGGCAGCCUAGACGAUGAUAACAGCAGAACUGCUUGGUUUACAAAACUCCCUAGUUUCUUACCGAAGAACCAGGAUCACUGCUCUGCAAUGAACAGCUUAUUAAUUCGAGAUAAAUACAAUGAAGAGUUGUAUAACAGUAACACCCUAAAUAAUUCCUCUCAAUCUCUUUCCCAAAAUGACAGUAUUAAUUCAUGGGAUGACCCAGCAUACAGUGAUGAUGAUUUUUUGUUUUCACCUGUCUUGGUUGAGAAACGUGCUUCUUCUAGCAGUCAAGCCAUCAGAACCAAACCUGAUAAGCCAAUAUUUCACGCAUCACAAUCAAAUAAACAGAGACAGGUAGCCAAAGAAACAGCUGACUACAAUCAGACUUCUCCCUUCCUAAAGCCCAAUAUGUCAAAACCUUCUCUAAGCCAGGAAAGACAGAGUCUUUCUUGCCCUCCAACCCAAAGUAAAACUAGAGAGCCACCAGGUAAGAACUUCACUGCUAAUAACAAUUCAGAUUCAAAAUGUCUUUCCAAAAAGCCAACAGAGGAUAUACUGUGCAGCAAAACUGUAGUAUUAAAUGAAGAGAAACAUUCUAAUAUUCUCACAGCUGAGUGUAAUGCAUCACACCCUGCUAGCAAAGUGAUGAAGCAAAUGGAUAUAGGUGUGUACUUUGGAUUACCACCCAAAAGGCAGGAAGAGAAGCCCCAGAGGAUGAGUGCAUUGGAAGGGAUGGACUCAACUCCAGCUAGCAGUCCUAAGGAAAAGCGAUCCCGGCAGUGCAAGAGGAAAGCAGAAAAAUCUUUAAGUGACUUAGAAUUGGAUACAAACAGUUUAAAUGAGAGUCAACUGGAACUGCCAAAUCAGAGGCGAAAGAGACGGAAGAGGUCGGAUAACCUACAGGAAGGAGCACAUCGGAAGAGAUCAGAUGACCUUUUUAAUAAAGCAGAAUCGGAAGCAGUCCAUUUUAAUAAAUACAGAAACUUGAAGGAAUCAGCCACAGGCAGACAGUUGAAAGGGAACACAAAGAUCUCAGAGUCACCUACUGCAGGAGAUUUAAGAAAAAGGACAUGUCCCUUCUAUAAGAAAAUACCUGGAACUGGCUUUACCGUUGAUGCCUUUCAGUAUGGAUUGGUUGAAGGAUGCACAGCGUAUUUUCUCACACAUUUUCAUUCUGAUCAUUAUGCUGGAUUGUCCAAAAAGUUCACUUUUCCAAUUUAUUGUAGCGAGAUAACUGGCAAUUUGUUGAAGAACAAACUUCAUGUUCAAGAACAAUAUAUCCAUCCAUUACCAAUGGACACCGAGUGUGUAGUGAAUAAUGUUACAGUUGUUUUGCUUGAUGCCAAUCAUUGUCCAGGUGCUGUCAUGAUCCUAUUUUAUCUUCUUAAUGGCCAUGUUAUCUUACACACUGGAGACUUCAGAGCCGACCCCACCAUGGAACGUUCUGUGCUUUCAGGCCUGAAAAUCCACGCACUAUACUUGGACACAACGUACUGCAGCCCAGUAUACACUUUCCCAUCGCAGCAAGAGGUUAUCCAAUUUGCCAUCAAUACUGCCUUUGAGGCUGUAACUCGAAACCCACGGACACUUGUUGUCUGUGGCACUUACUCUAUUGGAAAAGAGAAAGUCUUCCUAGCCAUUGCUGACAUUUUAGGUUCAAAAGUGGGAAUGACCCAAGAAAAAUAUAAAACACUGCGGUGCCUCAAUAUCCCAGAAAUGAAUUCCCUCAUCACCACAGACAUGAACAGCUCACAGGUUCACCUUCUCUCAAUGAUGCAAAUCAAUAUCAAGAGUUUACAGAGUCAUCUGAAGAAGUAUGGUGGGAAAUAUGAUCAGGUCUUGGCUUUUCGACCUACAGGAUGGACCCAUUCUAACAAAUCAGUGAGCUUAGCCGAUGUUAUUCCCCAAACCAAAGGAAAUGUCUCAAUAUAUGGGAUUCCUUACAGUGAACAUAGCAGCUACACAGAAUUGAAGCGUUUUGUCCAGUGGCUGAAGCCGCAGAAAAUCAUACCUACUGUGAAUAUUGGAACUAUAGAAUCUCGAAAAACAAUGGAGAACUAUUUCAAAGAGUGGAAAACAGAAGCUCGAUAUUGAUGAGACUUGAAAGGACUCAAAAUAGGCAUGCCACUUAGAUGUAGCCUGUUAAUAGUUACACCUCCAGUGGUAAGAAACACACUUCAUGUGGGGGAAAAAAACUUCAAGAAGAUCAUUUAUAUAAUUGAUUUUCCCAUUCACUCUUGAAUAACAUGGCCAUAGUGCUGAGGAAGUCACAGUGUCACAGUAAUAACUGUGACCUCAGCACCCGGAAUUUCUUACCUCGCCCCAUGGGGACAGUUAUUUUCUACAACCAAGGAAGGUAUAGGAAUCAAAAGGAUUCCCAAUAUUUGAUGAACUAGAUUGAAUUCACGUUAUGUAAGUAGUUAUAAAUCUUUAAAUGCAUUUAAUAUGGGAACAUAUUUUUCAUGAAAUAAAAAUUAUGAUAUAUUUGAUUAAAUAAAAAUGUAAAAUUUG